AUGUUGUCAGAGAAGCAAGCCGAAGAAGCCAUAGUCUCCAGCUUCGACGAAACCGUCCCUGUUUCUUCUGCUUCCGCCGGCGACCACCUGGACGGGAAUGAACCAGAGCACGAUGAUGACGGCGGCGACCCUCAUCAUCAAUCCGAGUUUAGCCUCAAGAGCAUUUUCUGGCACGGUGGCUCUGUCUAUGAUGCCUGGUUCAGCUGUGCUUCCAAUCAGGUUGCGCAAGUGCUGUUGACUCUGCCAUACUCCUUCUCCCAAAUGGGGAUGCUCUCAGGGAUAAUACUGCAGCUCUUCUACGGAUUCAUGGGCAGCUGGACUGCUUAUCUGAUCAGUGUUCUGUAUGUUGAGUACCGAACCAGAAAAGAGAAAGAGAAUGUCAGCUUCAAGAACCAUGUCAUCCAGUGGUUCGAGGUGCUGGAUGGGUUGCUGGGUCCGACUUGGAAAGCAGUUGGCUUGGCAUUCAACUGCACUUUCCUCCUCUUUGGCUCUGUCAUUCAGCUUAUUGCCUGUGCAAGCAAUAUAUACUACAUCAACGACAAGUUCGAUAAGAGGACGUGGACUUACAUAUUUGGAGCCUGCUGUGCCACCACCGUCUUCAUCCCUUCCUUCCACAACUACAGAAUUUGGUCCUUCCUUGGCCUUGGAAUGACCACUUACACCGCCUGGUACUUAACCGCAGCAGCCCUAGUUCAUGGCCAGGAUCGUGGCGUGGUUCACUCUGGACCCAAGAAGCUGGAUCUGUACUUCACAGGCGCCACCAACAUAUUGUACACAUUUGGUGGUCAUGCUGUUACUGUGGAAAUAAUGCACGCAAUGUGGAAGCCGCAGAAGUUCAAGUACAUAUACCUGCUCGCGACGCUCUACGUGUUCACCCUGACCCUGCCAUCGGCAGCAGCCAUGUACUGGGCGUUCGGAGACGAAUUACUCACCCAUUCCAACGCCUUCUCCCUCCUCCCUCGCACCGGCUGGCGCGACGGUGCCGUCAUCCUUAUGCUCAUUCAUCAGUUCAUAACGUUCGGGUUCGCCUGCACGCCGUUGUACUUCGUGUGGGAGAAAGUGGUGGGAAUGCACGACACCAAGAGCGUGUUGAAGAGGGCACUCGUGAGAUUGCCGGUGGUGGUGCCGAUAUGGUUCUUGGCCAUCGUGUUCCCCUUCUUUGGGCCCAUCAACUCCGCCGUGGGUGCUCUGCUCGUCAGCUUCACUGUCUACAUCAUCCCUGCCACGGCCCAUAUGCUCACCUAUCGAUCCGCCUCGGCCCGUCUGAAUGCAGCAGAGAAGCCGCCGGUGUUUCUGAGGAGCUGGACGGCGAUGUACAUAGUGAAUGCAUUCGUGGUGGUGUGGGUGUUCGUGGUUGGAUUUGGGCUGGGAGGAUGGGCCAGCGUCACCAAUUUCGUCCGGCAAGUCGACACCUUUGGGCUGUUUGCCAAGUGCUACCAGUGCCCGCCGGCGGUGGGUCUGAAGCGAAAGGACGCCGCCAUUGAUGCAAUGCUGAUGAUGGGCUUCCCCCGUAAACUGAUCAACCAAACCAUCACCGAGCUCUUGAAAGCUUACGGCGGCAAUGACGGUUGGAUAUUUAUCGAGAUGGACUCCUACAAAGCCCUCAUUGAAGCCAUCCUGGAGAAAGACGUCCCAGCGGCGGAAUGCUCAGAGGAUGACAACUUAGGUGGCAACAGCAACAUACUCUCUGAAGCUGGGUCCUCUAGUGUUCCACCACCACCACCUGUUCAUGAAGAGGUUGCUACACUUUCAUCACCACCUGAUGAUGGUCUAGACAGUGCGUCACAGACCGAGGCAGCUGUGAAUCCUCGGUUCCCCAUUCCUGAAUCUGAAUGCAGUGUCUUCACAUCACCAGUCGAAGAAAGGGGAAAAGGUGCUGCUGCUAGACCUCUGGACCACAUUUCUAAGCUAAGCAACUCCAUGGUUUCAUGCUCGAUUGAAGAUCCAGGUCCAACUCUCUCCUUUGCAGAAUGUGCCUUCACAUCCCCAGCUGAAGAAUGCGAAGUUGCUGCCCCACCAGACCAGGUCUCCAACUCUGUGGCUCCACGCCGUGAUGAACAUCGAGCUCCACGUCUCUCCUCGCCAGCAUGCAAGGUCUUCACACCCCCAGCAGAAGUAAGUAAAGUUCCUGACCGCCUGGAGCCGGCUCCUAACCUAAAAAACGACUCCAUGGCUCCAUGCUUUGAGGAACAUCCAGCUCCUAUUCCAUCUCCCAUGAGUGAUAAGCAUAGGCCGCCUUGCCAUGGCUGGAGAAAGCGUCCUCGUUAUGAUGAGCCAACAAACAUCGCGGAACUUGAGCCAUCACCAUUGCCGGAGAAAUUGUUGAAGUUGUUUGGCAGAGACAAGCCUAGGCCACGGAAGAGAAUGUGGGAUGUGAAGAGCUAG